AUGAAAAUGACUGAUCGCCCCCCUUCGGUACCUGCAUUGGAGGAACCCGUUAGUUUUGGCUGUCGAAAUGGCAAGAGUUCGAAUAAUGCUCACAGGCGGGGCUCGGAUAAGUCCAAUGAGGCUUCAGGACAAUUGUUUUCGGCUUCAACAGAUGCGGACACUAGGCCGACCGUUACCCGACCUCCAACCGCCAAACUCCCUCUACCAACGGACGUAGCAGAAGGUCAAGCGUCUCUUCGCCAUCCCUUCUCGCACGUCUAUCAUUCCUCGAGUACCUCCAGGUCACCCUCCACCAGGACAUCCUCCAGCUCCCUUCAAGCGUUGAACGAAGAUGCCGUGGUUGAUGCUCGAUCGGAUGGCAUAUUCGGGCGUCCGUCUCUCCCCCGAAGAACGUCGCAUUUGUCCCAGUCCGAUACUCAACCCGCCGAAUAUCCAGUUUAUCCCGAUCAAUCAUAUGCCGUUCUCCAAUCUCAGGUUCACCCGACCUAUCAGCCUCCACAUCUGCGUUCCCGGAGUUCAUAUCCGUCGCGCACUGAGAUUCUUACCCGAUUUCCGCCGGCGCGGGUCUCUCGUACGGCAGGCAACACCCCCAUUUCCAGCCCGGGGCUUUUCUCUGUUCGCAGCCCACGUUCGACGCCACCAUUCGGGUCCGAUGAUGAAGGCCGUAUGAGCAGCCCCUACCUUCACCCGACACACCUUCAGCCGCCCAAAGAGACCCACACCGCUGAGGUGGACCGGGAUAUUGUGACCGGGAACAAACUGAUCAAUCAAUAUGAAAUCCUCAAGGAACUUGGACGUGGCGAGCAUGGAAAAGUAAAACUGGGCCGACACGUGGCGACACGCCAAAAGGUUGCCAUCAAAAUUGUCCAGCGCUAUUCAAAAAGGCGCCGUUUGGGGAAGCUGGGAAACCCCGAGGACAAAGUGAAGAAAGAGGUUGCCAUUUUGAAGAAAGCGCGGCACCCCAAUGUGGUCAGUCUGUUAGAAGUGAUCGACGAUCCAAAUCGACAAAAGGUUUAUAUAGUCCUCGAAUACGUCGAGAACGGCGAAAUCAUAUGGCGACGUCGAGGGUUACGAGAAAUUGUGCAUGUCGACAAAAACCGGCUUGAGCGUGAGAAAGCAGGAAUUCCCGAUUCGCCGUCAUUCAUGGAGGAGAGUUUGCAUUAUAUCAGAACUGCGCAGCACCUUCGACAUCAGCGUGAAAAGGCACGCGAGCGCCGCCAGGCGCAGGCAGCUUACGCACAGCAGGGCCCUAUUCCGGCAUGGAGUUUGGAGCAUGGUGCCGAAUCAGAUGAGGAAGAAGAAGGGGCGGAGUUGGCGAUUGCCCGCACAUCCAGCCGCUCUAUGAUGAGCCAAGAAGAAGCUCAGUCCUCGCCACCGCACUCCUUCAUGUCUGCUCAUGAAUCGGCCUUGGCUGCGGUGGAAGGCAGCAUGUAUGGCGCUUAUGCAGAUUACACAUCUGAUAGGCGCUUUAGCACCGCUUCCAGCAGUUUUGGAUACGCGCCUUCCGAGCCCGAGUGGUUCUCUGAUGAUGAUGACACAUCGUACGUCCCUUGUUUGACCUUUACCGAAGCACGCAAUGCUUUCCGGGAUUCUCUCCUCGGCCUCGAGUAUCUCCAUUAUCAAGGCAUCAUCCACCGUGACAUAAAACCUGCGAACUUGCUGGUCACCAGUAAUCAUCGCGUGAAGAUCUCCGACUUCGGUGUGUCUUACUUGGGUCGGCCCAUCAGGGAUGAGGAAGAAGAGCAGGUCGGAGAGACCGAUGCGACCGAACUCGAUGACGCUCGAGAGUUGUCUAAGACCGUGGGAACCCCCGCAUUCUACGCCCCCGAACUGUGCUAUACAGGCGAAGAUUUUGUGGAUACUAUCGGUAAUGUACCGCAGAUCACCGGUGCUAUCGACGUCUGGUCACUGGGCGUGACUCUUUACGGCAUGAUUUUUGGCCGUCUGCCAUUUGUCUCGGAUGACGAGUACAGCAUGUUUCAGACUAUAGUGAAGAAAGAGGUCUUCAUUCCGCGCAAACGUCUAAAGCCUGUUGAAGACGAUCCGGACACCGUUAGCCAAUGGCCUCGGUAUGCGGACAAUAGCAAGCGCAUGGAACAUGAGCUCGUCUACGAAGAAAUCGAUGAUGAACUCUACGAUCUCCUGAAACGUCUGCUCACCAAGGAUCCAAUAAAGCGGAUCACCGUGAAGGAAAUCAAGCAUCAUCCGUGGAUCUUAAACGGCCUGCCGAACCCCCGGGCAUGGGUGGAGGAAACUGAUCCUCGUUACCAGAGCAAGAUUGAGGUGUCAAAUGAAGAAGUCACCACCGCCGUCAGCAAGGUCCCAUUCAUCCAGCGGGUGCGAUCCAACGUCGCUAAGUGGUCCAAUUAUCUCACCGGUCGGUCGAAGGAAAAGGAAAAAGACAAUCGAAAGCGUACACCCAGCGCGGCGCCUUCGAUGGAAUCCUCUGCGUCGAGUGGGACCUCCAUUGGAAAGUACCUUUGGGAUAACCGACGUGGGAGUUUUAAAGAUGAAGACUUUCUUCGGCCUUCGCGACUGACUAGAGAUGGCGAACACCCUCUCUCACAAAGUGUCAGCGCAAGCCCUGUGGGGCGGGAUGAGCAAUCAUGUUACUUCCAGGACGUACAGUUCGAGACGACUCUUUCCAACGGGCGAACUCCCCGACCGGACCCUCCGGCGCGCGCAACGUCGACCUUGUCCACCGCUGAGUCCGCGAAAACGGUUAAGCCAUCCAAUAUUGCUCCUGGAUUUCCCGGCUCUCAGCAAACCGGGGCCCCAGCACGCGUCGAAACCACCGGGACCACGAAUGUCAGUGGCCUGUUUGGCGGUGCAAGUCGCCGACUCGCAAGAGGCCUCCAGAGCGGAGAACGGCGGCCUGACAGACCGGUGUCAGAAGUUGUGUCUUUGGAUGGCGACCGCCACUCUGAACCCAGCUUGGCCUUGAGUGUUGCCUCUGCCGUUGGUCAUCAUUCCAACUUGUUGCUUGACGAGGAAUCGUCUUCAGCACGUGUUGAGGUCCUGGGACAUCGGCGCAACCGAUCUCACCAGCUGCCUGGCAAGGCGUCUGGUGAACCCCUGUACCUUACCAAGGAAGCACUCUUGCGCCAGAGAAGGAAUGAAGUUGACCCUGCUCCUAGCAAGGGCCAAUCGAUUCCCCACAGCAAUAGCGAGCCCUGUGCGAUCACUGAGCAAGAACCCCGGGACGUUGCAUACACGGUGGAAAACGCCUCCCCUGAUCAAUCCACCGUCGGCCUCACCACAUCUCCUCCGUCUGCUGCGACGAUAUCCUCAUCAUCGGUUGACGACUACACCAGCGGAAUAUCCCAGAGCACGUCACACCCGAGUAUCCCGUCCGUUGUCUCGGGGGCGUCCUCGCUUUCCGGCGAAGGUUUCCCCAGGGAAAAGGAGUGCGAGUCGGCAAUCGAAGUUCCUUCUAUUCUUCGCACGGGCGAAACCGUCAAAGCACGGCGCCUCAGCCCACCGCGACCAAUCGAAGAGGAUGAAUCUCGAUAUUAUUGUGAUGAUGAAGAUGAUUUUGACGAUGAUUCGGAAGAUGAAGGUCUCACUAUUGGGAAAAAGAAGGCCACGCCCCAGAAACCAAUCCUUCGUCGCAACCACACUUCGCAAUGA